AAUGGUUAUUCUGCUAUAUGGGGCCAAGACAAGCCCAAAAUUCAAAGAUCAUCAAAAUCUAUCCAGCCGUUCUUGAGUUAUAAAUGUUGUAACUAACACGAUUGCUUUAUACAUUUAGAUUUAAGAUUUAUUUACCUGUGAGAAUAUAAUUGCAUGCAGUUUCUAUUAUAUUUUAUUCUAAUGUCAUUUUAAUGUCAAAAUUAUUAUAAAUUAAAAUUAAACGUGCAUCGUUCGGAAUUUUAUGGUUCUAAUUAAAUACAAUUUAAUAUGAAUAAAAUAUUUGUGUGAUGGGUCGGAUUAAAACUUGUUGGGUUUUAACAAUUUCGUUUUGAAUAUGAUCCUAAUAAAUCCCUGUGACGAAAGCCAGAAAUUUAUACCUGUGCUCAACGAUUGCUUCAUUGAACUUAAAAAUCUCGCUCUUUCAAUGGCUUCCGACCGGACACGCAAGGCAUCGCUCAACGAAUUCGUCUAUAAACUGAAAUGCCUCGAAAAAGAAUUGUAUUUAGUUAGCCAGAAAUUGAAAGACACGUAUAAAAAGAACGAACAUUUAAGCAAAGAAUUGGAAUCAGAGAAAGAAAAGUGUCGUAAAAAAGCAGCGAGAUUGAAGGAAGUUGAGGCGCAGUUAGCAAGCGUUGAGUUUAAAUUAAAAGUGCGCUCCAAUCAGAAAACUAAAACAAAAGACGCGCACGUCCAACAGGAUUACUUCCAAUUGGAAAGUAACAACGAUGUGUACACCACGAUGAAAAAUUUAAGAAGCACUGCGUUGGAGACAUUGAAUUCUAUUCGGGGUUUGAUUAUUGGUCAAGGGAAUGGAUUCAAUAUCAAACAAAUUGAAGAUUAUCAAGAUUCUAUGAUAAAUAUUCAAAAUAAAAAAGAUUUGGACAAUGCAGAAGACAAUCAAGAAGACAAAUUUCUUAAUAAUUUCAAAGUUGUUAAUACAAAAGAUGCAAAAGCUCAAACUUUGGAUGCAAUGUCUCUUCAUGUGAAUGUGUCAUCACGCGUAUUAGGUGCAGAUGCGUUGAGUGCUAUAAGUGGUAAAAGUAAAUCCAUUUGUAAUACAAUUCGUACUGCAGAAUUUGAAGAUAUCGAAAACUCAAAAUGGGAAGAUCCUGAAUAUCCUUACAAAUUGCUGAAAGAAAUGCAACGCAAUGUGAAAAGAUUGAAGGCAAAUAAAUAUUAUGGCAUGGGAGAUUCGUCACAAAGCAACAUGGCGGCCAUGUUGGAUCAAAUGGAAGCUCGCAAUACAAAAAUCAAGAAAAAAAUCAAUCAACACUAUGAACAAUAAGAAUUUAACAACUUACAUAAUUAGAAAACUGUGCUUGUAUCCUCUGCGCAAUGAAUUCGACAAUGGGCGGAAACUUGCUCACGGUGAUGAUGGGCC